CUAGUGCUGAUUUGUUACGAGAGAACAAUACUGCUGACUGGUAGCUGGUGGCCGGCGCAUGUGUCAGCGAGGAGGCGAGAGGCGGAGGACGAGCGGGAGGAAAUGGCGUUCGGGCCGCUGCCGCCACCGGUGCAGCUCGGGGAGGUGACGGAGGAGGAGCUGAGAGCUUACAAUGGGUCCGACCCCAAGAAACCGCUGCUCAUGGCCAUCAAGGGCCAAAUCUACGACGUCACGCAGAGCAGGAUGUUUUAUGGACCUGGUGGCCCAUAUGCAUUGUUCGCAGGCAAAGACGCAAGUAGGGCUUUGGCAAAGAUGUCAUUUGAACCAAGUGAUUUAACUAGUGACAUUUCAGGAUUAGGCCCUUUUGAGGCCGAGGCAUUGCAAGAAUGGGAGUACAAAUUCAAGAGCAAAUACAUUACGGUUGGAACAAUCAAGAAGACUGUUCCGGUAACUGAGGGAGAUGCUGCAACGAAUACUGUGACAACUGAAAGAGACAUCGAUGCAAGCAUUGUUGACAGUAACCAUGUGCCAGAACCAAAAGAAACUGGAGCGACAAACCAAGGGAGCGUUCCGGAGAAGACUACAGAAACACCAGAUGUCGAUGUGAACACAAGAAACUACGUGGAGAAGGCAAAGGAAUUGCUGGAUUCAGAUGGCACGAAUGCGAGUAGCCAAGCAGAUGCAGUAGAGAAGCCAGACGAAACACCAGUUGUGCCUGUAAAGAACAGCAGUACUGAAGAAGCAUUUGAGCCAAAGGAAACACCAGAUGUGGCCAUAAAGAACAGUUGUCCUGAAGAAACAGUUGAGCCAAAGGAAACACCAGAAGCGGCUGUAAAGAACUGUAGUAGCACUGAAGAAGCAGUUGAGCCAAAGGAAACACCUCAGGUAGUAGACAGGAAGAAUAGUUGUAAACCUGAAGAUGCAACCGAGAAGUCAAAUGAAGCAGCAGAUGCAGUAGGUUUGGAAAACAGAACUAGCCAUGAAGAUGCUGGGCAAUCAAAGGAAACACGGAAUAUAGAUGACAAAUAUGUAAGCAGUAGUCAAGAUGGUGAGGAGAAGCUGAAGGAAACUUCAGAUGCGGAAGCCAAGAAUGCAUAGAGUUUGUGACUGCUGCCAUGAAGCUUUUUAGCUGUCUGCAGUUAGCAUAAUAAAGUGAAAUGGACAUUGUGGUCGGGAUUCAGUUAUAAAUCCUUGUAUAGGGUAUAACACUUAAACCUAGAACUAAAUUAUUAAACUAUAUGUACAUUCCGAUCAAGGUGAACCGUCCUUCACAUUUGCAUCAUGAGUGCAAUUAUGCAUGCUAUUAGUUUAGUACAGUAAAUGUAAACAUUUUCAAUCUCGGUGUUGACCGAGGGGAUCAGUAGUGUUAUGCACUAUGUGUGUUGGUGGUCAGGUCAGUCCUUCAGUUGUUUUUUUCUUGUAUUAGUUUUCUUGGUUUAUUUCAGUCUACUCCAACACCACUCUGGUCCAAGGUGGUGCUUGGAGUUUUGUAAUUGGACCAUUUCUUCUUCUUAAUACAAAGAUACACAGCUCUUCUGUGUGUU